GUUUUUUUUUUUUUAAUUCUUGUUAUUUUGAAGAAAAAAAAAUCCCUUCGUUUGUUUUGCACUUUGGAAUGUUAAGGCUGCGCUUAUCCUACCGGCUUUGGAGGGCAGUAGGGUAGCAUUAAGGGUGUUUGUUUUGAACUUAAGGUGUCUUAUUUUGACUUUAAGUGAAAGGACAAGGUAGAACACCGAGGAAAGCUUAACAAAUAAGGGUGAAAGCCUAUCAAAAGCUUAUUCAAAAUACCGGCUGGCUGAAGGUAAAUAGUGCUAAAUAGUUGACCAAGGCAGUCUAACACUCUAAAAGCACUCCUCUUCCUUUCUUAAAGGCAUGUGCUUCACUGUCUUAAGUUCUGUGGGUCAUCCUGCUGCCGAGCUUUUGCUCCUCUUCCACCACGAAGUUGUUGUGGUGUUCUCACAAUAAUUAGAAGACUAAUUUUAAAGAAGAAACUGGUUGCAGACUUUUCUAGCCAAGGAAGAAUGCCAGUUUUGAAUAUAGAAAGGGCAGGAUGAGGAAGGAGGGGAAAACAAAAUCGUGGUUAUCUCUACAUUGUGAAAGUGUCCUGUGCCAGAAAGUCUUGUAGAAAGCCAGCUGAGAUUGGGAAGCUCUGAGGAACAGAUUGUUUCAGUAGUAAAUGCUGUUGAAAAAAAAAUAGGUGACUUUAAGGUCAAACCAGGCCUUAGUUUUAAAAGGACUCAGUAUCUUGGACAAAUAAGAUCUAUAUUUGCACAUGUUGACAUGAAGCAAGUAGUAAAUCUUGUGCUUUGGGCUGCAAACUGAUUACCCAAGGAAGGAACUUUUCCCCACAGCGUUGCACAACUCACAGUGUUUUGCUUUCCUCAGGACAGCUCUGUUAUCUGCCUGGUGGGAGGGGACAGCGAGUCAAGGAAGCUGUUGUGUUUGACCAGCACACCGUGUGGCUCACAGGCCUGUGAGGACCAUGGAACUGGGAAACUGGAGUGCCUUGGCUUGGCUUCUCCACCUGGCUUGUGUGGGGACAGCCCUGAGCCGUAGGGUUACUGCUGCCUGAAAGGGAGCAGCACUGUGUGAUCCUUGUGUGGGUGCUGAGUUCAUUCACUGGUGCUGAGCAAUGCUCUGGGUCCUCAGGUGAAGGGAGUAUCAAGACUACUCGCAAAGUUGCCCCUUCCAGGGCUAGUCUUGCCUUCUCACAGCUCCAGUUGUAGGCACUUUUUUCCCCUCUGUGUGAAGCCAAGCAGUCUAGACACGUGUCCCUGGUGCUGUGUGCCAGCUGGAGCAGUGGCACUGUGGCUCAAGAGCCCCUGGGCUGUGUAGAGACAGAUGGUGUCAGGUCUUGUACAGAGCUUGCAUUUGUCCUGGAUGAGAAUGGAGGUGCUCAGGUGUGGUGUAGGAUAAAUGUGACUCCAGUGUCUCAGAGCUGUCGUAGCUGGGUCCCUGUUACUCAGAGGAUCUCCAUGCCACGCUCUGUUUUGGAGGUCAGGUGUGAUGUCAGUUUCCACGAUGGUUCACAUACCCAGCAGGAGCUGGAUAUUGCUGUUGGUCAGGCGUGUCAUCACUGAGAGAACAGGGAAGGGAGACUGCCUGCAGGGAAAGGUGUCUUGGUGAAACCUUUAAAACGGGGAAUAGAAAGUGUGUGUGAAAUAAAGGGUUUUCAGCAGCAGAAAUUUGGAUGAGGGACUGUCUGGGCAAUGACUUCUACUUUUUCCAAGUGAGGUUAUGAAGCUGAACUUGAGAAGUCUUCUGUCAGAUAUGCAAAUAAUUACAAACAGUGCCUGUGGAUACAAAAGGACACAAAGGCAUUAUAUUCUGUCUUAUUUCAGUGCUGAUCCUUUGGGGGAACAGGAGUGGUGCUUUAUUUUACCUCUUCUCAGCAUGCAGAAUGUUUGUGGUGUUGGCAUGUCUUCUGAAAUGUGUGGAGUGAGAUUCACCCCCUCAUUGCCCAGUGGGGCUGUUUCCCAAAAUCUGUUAGCAGACAUCAUCCCUUGGCCAUGCCAGCACAGCUCGGGGGUUGGAGUGGUGUGACAUGGAGCAGCAUGAGGAAAGUGUGGUCUAGUUGAGGUCUGAGGUCUAUCAUAGCCUUCCCUCAGUACUGAGAGUUUCUGGUGGUCUCCAGGUUGAGGCAGGUAUCACCCAUGUCCUACAGGAAGGUGUGACUUGUGUGCUGUGCUAAUGAGUUAGGGACAGAUAGAGCUGUGAUGUCAGGCUUGAGAAUAAAGAGGCAAGGAUUUCAGCACUAUCCACAGUUACUUCCCUCUUUCCAUCUAUGCGAGUUCACUCUUAGGUGUAUUCCUACAGCAUCUUAAUGAGGCAGUUGGAUCCCAAACCCUUCUCCACCCAUAGCCAAAUGCUGCUCUUGUGGCUUCAUCACCUGUCUGUGUCCAGCCGGGUAGAGCCAGUGGAAAGCUCUUGUUUAUGGACUCUGUAGUGCACCAUGUGUGUAAAUGGUUCACAGUGGUCUUUAAUGGGAGAAUUCUGGAAAUUGGUAGAUCCAGGGGGUACUCCUUUGGUCCUGGGCACUGAAGAGGCAUCUUCUAGGAGAGAAACAAAAAAGAAGUGCCACGAGGGUACUGUGAGAAUGGGAAUAACAAGACACCUUAAGCUGUAGAAGUUACUGAGGAAUGUACAAGUGAUGAGAUCGGCAGUGGUGUGAAACAAGUUGGAAAGGCACGGCACAGACUUGUCCUGUCUGGAUUCGAGCUGUUUGGGGAGCAGAGCUGUGCUUCACACACGUGUUUUAAUUCAAAUUGGUUUUCUCUUCUCCUCCCUUCCCACCUUCUUCUUUAAGUGAGAAGAAAAAUGACUUAAUCACCAUCCAGCCCUCGUGGCCAAGGCAGGAGCAGGGGUAGGGCUGCCAGGAGCAUGGCUGUGCCUGGAAGCUUACGGAGGCAGCCUGCCAACAGAGGCCUUGUGUCCCACUGCACACACCAUCAUAUUGUUGUGUUCCUGCUGACCUUCUUCAGUUAUUCCCUGCUCCAUGCCUCCAGAAAGACAUUCAGUAAUGUCAAAGUCAGCAUUUCCAGCCAAUGGACUCCCUCCUGCCUAAACAGCACGGCCCCCGAGCUCCAGCCAUAUGAGCUCUGGAACAGCAGCCAUUUAUUUCCAAGUGCAGAAGAAGCAACUCUCUUCCUGGGGACAUUGGACACCAUAUUUUUGUUUUCCUAUGCUGUGGGUCUCUUUGUCAGUGGCAUAGUUGGGGACCGCCUCAAUUUGCGCUGGGUUUUGUCUUUUGGCAUGUGUUCCUCUGCUCUGGUGGAAUUCUCCUUUGGCACACUCACAGAGUGGUUGCAUUUCUACAACAAGUGGUUCUAUUGCUGUCUCUGGGUUGUGAAUGGCUUGCUGCAGUCCACUGGCUGGCCCUGUGUGGUUGCUGUCAUGGGAAAUUGGUUUGGAAAAGCUGGGAGGGGUUUUGUCUUUGGACUCUGGAGUGCCUGUGCAUCUGUGGGAAAUAUCCUUGGGGCAUUCCUUGCCUCCUGUGUUCUCAAAUAUGGCUAUGAGUAUGCUUUCUUGGUGACUGCCUCAGUGCAGUUUGCUGGUGGAGUCAUUGUGUUCUUCGGGCUCCUGACGUCGCCAAAGGAAGUGGGCCUCCCUGAGCUUGGAGCAGAUGAAGACGAAGUCAGUGUGGAAGAAGAUGCCAACAGACCCCUGAUGGGCAGUGAUGAUGUAGAUGAUGAUGACAGGAAUUACUCCAUUCAAGCAGCUGACAAUGACGAAGAACCCAAGGCCAUUGGCUUUUUCCAGGCUUGUUGCCUUCCUGGUGUAGUACUGUACUCCUUGGCCUAUGCCUGCUUGAAGUUGGUCAAUUACUCAUUCUUCUUCUGGCUGCCCUUCUACCUCAGCAACAACUUUGGAUGGAAAGAAGCAGAAGCUGACCAGCUCUCCAUCUGGUAUGAUGUAGGAGGAAUCAUAGGUGGGACUAUCCAGGGCUUGAUUUCUGAUGUGCUGCAGAAGAGAGCCCCUGUGCUGGCAGUGAGCCUGCUCUUUGCUGUGGGCUCUCUCUUUGGAUACAGCCGUUCCCCAAACAGCAAACCUAUUAAUGCUGUGAUCAUGGCAAUUACAGGAUUUUUCAUCGGAGGCCCUUCUAACAUGAUCAGUUCUGCAAUUUCUGCUGACCUGGGGCGUCAGGAUGUGGUGAAAGGCAGCAGUGAGGCUCUGGCUACAGUCACAGGAAUUGUGGAUGGAACAGGCAGUAUUGGUGCUGCUGUGGGCCAGUAUCUAGUGUCCUUGAUCCAGGAGAACCUGGGAUGGAUGUGGGUUUUCUAUUUCUUCAUUCUAAUGACGAGUUCAACAAUCCUGUUCAUUUCACCGUUGAUAGUGAGGGAGAUGAGGAUGCUGCUGCACGAGCGGCGCCUGCGAAUGCUGGCAGAGUGACUCCUGCUCCCCCUGCGAGGGCUGCCCUGUGCAACUGACAGCUGGGACACUCACCAAAACCCUCGAUGUUUGUUCCAUCCUCCACGUCUGGACUGAUUCAAAACCACUCCACAAGACUUGAUUGAGUCGCCUCAGGCGAGCUCAGUCAUGAAGCACCAAAUACCUGUCCUGAGACCACCUGUGUCAUGGAGCUGCUCACCUAAGCCAGACAAUCCGUGGGACUGAUGGAUUGUCCCACUCUCCCAGACUCUUCCAGCAGUCAUGCCAGGGUCUUCUGUUGAGUGUCUCAUUCCUGUACCUUUUCUUAUUUAUUUCUGGAUGUGCUGACCAAAGUCAGCUGUUUGAAACUGACGGGUUUUGGGAGGCUGUCUUGCAAUGAAUCUUGAUGCUCUUUUGUGCUGGUGAAAUCAUACAGUGCAGUUUGUGGAUAGUCCUAAAUUUCAGAUCACUUUAGCUUUUAGAAAGGGCAAAAAUAAUUAUUUGGGAUUUAUACUGUCCAGUUGUUUAAAAACUGCUGUUGCUAAAUCUCUGCACAGAUAGACCUCUGCUAUCCCCUAUCUAUUAACUGUUAAAUAUUCCCGUAGAGUCACACGAAGAAGUUACCUCUGUAUUUGUUUUUAACAUUUUUUAUUGUUACUAAUCUCUGAGAAAUGAGAUUUCAUUUUUUUAACUGUUGAAGCAGACAAAUAGUGUGCAAUACUUUACUGAAAUCUCUGAAAUAAGCCUUAAUAGGUCCUUUGUGUAUAAAGGAGCCUUGAAUGGCUUCAGGGAUCAGUAAUGGGGUACAAAUACUUUCACUACUUUUUUAUUGAACCUGACCAAUACUGACCAAAAUGAGUAUGAGGUGACCUUCUGAAGGAAAUUGGUGUCACUGACUUCAUACUCCUUGGGCAAUUGCUCAUCUCUGGCAAAGAAGGAUCAGAAUGGAAUUAAAGGAAUUUAAGGGACCUGGCUGCUCUCAGACGGGGGCUUCUAGAUAGGGACUGAAGCAUACUUGUGGAGUAGCAUUAAUGAGCAACUUCUGCUGUUUCCCCUCAUGCUCCUGUGGCUAUGGCUGCAUGGGGGACCUCAAGCUCCAGGGUUUGGAAGCUUGAGUCGUACCUUGAAGGGAAAGGUAGAUGCAAGUCUACCUGCAAGCACUAAAAACAAGUGGCUGUGCUUGGUGUGGUGGUGUUGGAGUGCUUUGUGCUAAGUGGGGUGACCAACUGACACCUCUAACAUUUGUUGGUGAUCAUAAUGGGAUCACUGAGUAACUUCUCACAACCUUGUCUUGUCUUUAUGCCUUGACAUGUUUCAUUGUAGCAGGUCUGUGUUAACAUGCAGAACUUGUAAGCAAACGCUCUGUCUAGCUAGUCAGCAGUGCCUGGAUGGAGGUGGGGAGCUUCAAAAGUGUUGGAGCUGAGAAUUUGAAACUUUUUAAAUGAGAACCGUUGCCUUUUCAAAAUGUACAUUGAUUUUAUUUUUUAAUUAUGAAUGUCAAUUUUUAGUCAUGUGUUGAUUGUAAGGAGUGGAACAUCAUUAGUGCCUUACGGUUUUGCAGCUUUGACCAGUUGCUUGAUGAUUUCUGCCUCUGUAGUUAUGUCUCCAUGCACGGCUUUGCUUAAUGUGGAACCCAGUUCACCCCAUUUUAUAGUUUUUUUGAGUCUUUUUCUCUGGGUGGAGGUGAUUGUUGCAUCUUUUUGUUAACUCAAAAUAUUUCAGUGCUUGGGAAAAUGAUGCCGUUAAGCUGAUAUGGGAUGUGAGUCCUGUUUCUGACUCUUCUCAUUUCCAUUCCAAUUUUUGUCUGUAUAAUUAGAGCAGGAGACUGAGAAUCUAUCAUCCUGCUCUCAGAAUUAUGCCCUGGGGUUAGUGUUCACAUCCCAAGCUACUCAUUAGCCCCCAUACAAAUAGAAUGAAAACUCCCUGAAAUUUAGUUCUAAAAUUGAUGGUUGCCCCAGUGUCUGAGAAUCUCUGGUUUCAAAUUCCAACCUGGAUGAACUUUUUGGCCACCUCUCCGGGCAGCAGAUAAGCUUCUGAUGAAAGGUGGGGUGGGGAAGGGACGUUGCUGGGGUCGGGGAGGGGAGGAGAGGCUGGCCCCUGUAACAAAUGGUUUCCUGUAAACAGUUCUGUCCCCUCUUGAGAAGUGUCAGAAGUGAUGGAGCGCCGAGCCUGGGCUGCUGCAUCCGAGCGCGCGGCGCUUCGGGGCCACCCCUGGUUAGUGAGUUGUGCCUGAGGCUUGGGAUUGCUGCCCUCCUGCUUGUCCUGGGGUCUCAGUUCUGUGUAUUUCUCCAGGGUGCUCUGAGAGAGAAAGGUUUGCAAUCUGGUCAUGUCUGAACUGACCUCAUGUGAAUAAACAUACUUUGACUUGA